AGGCUGAGAGGUGGCAGGAGCUCCAUUCCAGAGGCAAUUUCUUCCUUCUGCAAAAGAACUCCCAGAGUAAGAGAGAAAGCACCUCACAAACUGCAACCAUGAACGGGACAGAAGGCCAAGACUUCUACGUGCCCAUGUCCAACAAGACCGGGGUGGUGCGGAGCCCCUUUGAGUACCCCCAGUACUACCUGGCUGAGCCUUGGAAGUUCUCAGCGCUGGCUGCUUACAUGUUCAUGUUGAUUCUGCUGGGCUUCCCCAUCAACUUCCUCACGCUGUACGUCACCAUCCAGCACAAGAAGCUCCGCACACCUCUAAACUACAUCCUCCUGAACCUGGCGGUCGCCGACCUCUUCAUGGUGUUUGGAGGCUUCACAACCACGAUGUACACCUCCAUGAAUGGGUACUUUGUCUUUGGAGUAACAGGGUGCUACAUCGAAGGCUUCUUUGCCACACUGGGCGGUGAAAUUGCUCUCUGGUCACUGGUGGUCCUGGCUAUCGAACGAUACGUAGUGGUCUGCAAGCCCAUGAGCAACUUCCGCUUCGGGGAGAACCAUGCCAUCAUGGGUGUUGCCUUCUCCUGGAUCAUGGCCUUGGCAUGUGCAGCUCCCCCACUUUUCGGCUGGUCCAGGUACAUCCCUGAGGGCAUGCAGUGCUCGUGUGGGAUCGACUAUUACACUCUGAAGCCAGAGGUCAACAACGAAUCUUUUGUCAUCUACAUGUUUGUGGUUCACUUCAUGAUCCCGCUGGCGAUCAUUUUCUUCUGCUAUGGGAACCUGGUUUGCACUGUCAAGGAGGCUGCUGCCCAGCAGCAGGAGUCUGCCACCACCCAGAAGGCAGAGAAAGAAGUGACUCGCAUGGUCAUCAUCAUGGUCAUCUCCUUCCUGAUCUGCUGGGUCCCCUAUGCCAGUGUGGCGUUCUACAUCUUCACCAACCAGGGAUCGGACUUUGGGCCCAUCUUCAUGACCAUCCCAGCUUUCUUUGCCAAGAGCUCGGCCAUCUACAACCCUGUCAUCUACAUCGUCAUGAACAAACAGUUCCGUAACUGCAUGAUCACAACCCUCUGCUGUGGAAAGAACCCUCUGGGUGACGAGGACACAUCUGCUGGCAAGACAGAGACCUCGUCCGUCUCCACCAGCCAGGUCUCUCCUGCAUAGGCCCCUUGGGAGCAGCCAGUCCCUGGGGUGCUGCCCUGGGGGCACCUUAGCCCCACCGCCGCCACGUCCUGCCCCUGCUUCACCGUGGCCAAGGCCCUGUGGGACAGGCUCCUCGCUCCUGGCACUAGGAACCCUGGGAACAAGGCUGAAAAUGUGUACACACGUUUUGUAAUUAAAAUGCAAAGGCUUAGCUCCUCUGGC